AUGCGUUCGCUAUCUCUACUCGUGACUUUUGUAGCGACGCUGAUGCUUUUGCCCUUUGCAAGCGCGUUAAAGUAUAUCCAGACCUCGUCGCUCCUUACAUGUAUGGAGAAUUCGCAGUUUUCUGCAUCCUUUUUUGAUGUAACAUUUUUCCCUCAUAAUAGAAGUGCUAUUUUCAACGUGGAUGCAACGACUACCAUUAGUGAGAAGGUUGUUGCGAAGGCAGAGUUAAUUGUAUAUGGGUUAAACGUUUUGAACAAAAAAUUUGAUCUAUGUGAGCUCAAGGAAAAUGCAGUCUGUCCGUUAAGCGCCGGAAGAAUUGAAGUCAAAUCGUCUUAUACCUUGGACAAAGAUAACGAUCUAACAAAGAAAAUCCCAGGUAUUGCAUACACAGUUCCUGAUUUGGAUGCUCAAGUGCGUGUUAUUGCAUACUCUAGUAGUGAUACUGCAUUUGCAACACCACUAGCUUGCGUCCAAGCUGUUCUUUCUAACGGUAAAACCGUUCAAACUAAGUACGCGUCAUGGGCCAUUGCGGCUAUCUCUGGGUUGGGUGUCUUGACCUCAGCCAUAGUUUCCGUCAUUGGUCAUUCUACCACAGCAGCACAUAUCGCUUCAAACUCCAUCUCCUUGUUUGUUUAUUUCCAGAACUUGGCUAUCACUUCCAUGAUGGGUGUUGCUCGUGUACCUCCUAUUGCUGCUGCCUGGACUCAAAAUUUCCAAUGGUCUAUGGGUAUUAUCAACGUCAAGUUUCUACAAGAUAUUUUCGACUGGUACGUUAAGGCAACUGGUGGAACUCCAGUAGUCGUCGUUUCAAACAAAGAUAUUUUAUCCGUGUCAGUUCAAAAGAGAGGCUUGAGUUCUCACAUCAAGGACUUCGCAAGAAAAUCCAUUUCUAACAUUCAGCCUAGUAUUCAAAAGAGAACAUUAAUUGAUAGUGGUUAUGACUUCAGUAAACUUUUGUCCAAUACUGAAUUAUAUACGACAAAUGAAAGAAACACAACUGAUUAUUCAACUAAGGUCCUAGUUUUAACUGGUAUCAAACGUGUAGCAUACCUUGGAGGGAUUGAGUUGAGUAAUGUAUUUUUAACAGGUAUUGUAUUCACUCUUUUCUUCCUUUUCUGCAUGGUCGUUGGAAUGGCUGUUUUUAAAGCAGUCAUUGAGUUAUUGACCAAAGCUGGCUAUAUGAAAGAAACUUCGAAAUUUUAUGAAUAUAGGAGAUCAUGGGGUAGUAUUAUCAAGGGUACGCUUUACAGAAUUUGUAUUAUUGCAUUCCCACAGGUCUCAAUUCUAUCCAUCUGGGAGUUCACUCAACGUGAUUCGGUUGCCGUCGUUCUUGAUGCUGUCGCAGUAUUAGCGAUCAUUUCAAUACUAUUAGUAUACGGCGUGAGUAGGGUUGUGUUAAGAGGAAGAGAGUCAACUCGAUUAUACAAAACUCCAGCAUAUAUGCUUUAUGGUGAUUCGACUUUUUUGAACAGAUUUGGUUUCCUUUACGUUCAAUUUAAAGCUGAACUAUACUGGUGGUUAAUGCCUUUACUAGGAUAUACUUUCUUGAGAUCAUUGUUCGUAGCAGUGCUACAAGGAGAAGGUAAACCUCAAGCUAUGAUUGUUUUCAUCAUCGAGUUGGCAUAUUUUGUUGCUUUGUGUUGGGCUAGACCUUACUUGGACAAGCGUACAAAUGCCUUCAACAUCGUUAUCCAUGCUCUCAAUUUAUUCAACUCUCUUUUAUUUUUGUUUUUCUCAAAUCUCUUUGGACAACCUUCGGUUGUUUCUAGUGUCAUGGCAGUUAUCUUAUUCGUCGUUAAUGCAGUGUUUGCAUUAUUCCUUAUGAUAUUCACUAUUGUCACCUGUGUGUUAGCCUUAGUUUACAAGAACCCAGAUGCUCGCUACCAACCAAUGAAAGAUGACCGUGUGUCCUUUAUUCCUAAGGUUCAGCCCAAAAACGAUGCUGGUGAACUCUUUGACUUAGGUAGAACCGUGAUGAAUAACAACGACGGUUCUCCUGUAGAAUUUGAGAUGAAGCAUCCUAAUAGCUCCGCAAGACUUUUGUUUGAUGAAGAUAUUGACGAAUCUAACAGCACUUAUGAUGUAGGAUCUCAGUCGAGAAGAUUUGACUCUGGUAGUGUAAAUGAACCAUUACAACCUACAUCAGCAGUUAUGGGUGAUAAUACUACAAACUAUGCACGUAUACCAGCCGCUCCAAGCGGUAAUCUACGGAAACCAGAAACUUCCUUCUCUACAAAUACACAAUAUCAAGGUUACUCCGGUAGCAACCCAUAUCUGAAUGAAAAUCCUAGCUACACCAGCUUCAAUAAACCGAAGAAAAGUAGUCCCGAGAAUAAUAUGCCAUACUUGUGA